AAAAAAAAAAAAGUGCUGAGGAAAGUUCUUCUAGUCUCAGCUUCGGCUGCAGCUCGAACCUCUGAGGACGGAAAUCAUCAAUUUUUCCCUUGUAGGAAUAUCACCGAGCACAUUUUCUUCAUGAGAUGGAUCCAACAUGGACGACCACCAUCCUCCUGGUGCCCUGCACUGUUGUACUCACGGCAGGAUGUUUCUAUCUCUACAGUUUUGUUCUCAGUCUCUUGACCAAAAUGUCGGUACGCAAUAAGGUGGUUGUUAUUACUGAUGCCGUAUCCGGCCUUGGAAAAGAAUGUGCAAGUGUGUUUCACAAAGGAGGAUCAAGGUUAAUCCUGUGUGGGAAAAACUGGGAGAAACUCACAGAACUUGCUGAUGACUUAGAAAAUGCCUCCGACCCAACCACUAUGUUUCCCCCUAAGCUGGUGCUGGUGGAUUUCGGUGAUAUGGAAAGUAUGCCGUAUGUGAUCGAGGAGAUCUUGGACUGUUACGGCUGCCCAGAUGUCAUAAUCCUCAAUAGCAGCAUGAAGGUCAAAGCCCCAGCACAGAGUCUGUCACUGGAAAUGGACAAAUUACUGAUGGACAACAAUUACUUUGGACCGAUCACACUGGCUAAAGGGGUAUUGCCUUCCAUGAUCUCCAGGAGGAGCGGUCACCUGGUCCUUGUCAACAGCAUACAGGGAAAACUGACCGUUCCCUUUAGGACAACGUACGCAGCCUCCAAACAUGCGGUCCAGGCCUUCUUUGACUGUCUUCGAGCUGAGGUGGAGGAGUACGGCAUCUCCAUUAGCACCAUCAACCACACCUUCAUCAGCUGCUCCGCAUCUGAAAACACAGAGGCAGCCUGCCCAAAGGGCUUCUGGACAGGGCUGUACAGUCAAAAACCUUUUGGAAUCUCACCAGAUGAGGCCGCUACAGAGAUCAUUCGAACUCUACACAACAAGAAGAAGGAGGUGAUCCUUGCGCCAUCGCUGCCCAAAGCGGCUGUCUAUGCCAGAUCCUUUGUCCCUGAGUUUUUUUUCGCUGUGAUGGCAGCAGGAGUGAAGAACAGCGCUGCCGCCAUUGGCAAAGAUGUAGAAUUAUAGUGUGAUGAACAUUUUCUGUAUACAGUACUCCCUCUUCCUAUUGCGGUAGUUGCGUUCCCGCAAGACCCGCAGCAAAAAGGGAAAAAUCGUGAAGUAGAGGCAAAGGCAGUUUUUAUAUUAUUUAUGUAUAUAUUUACCCUUUACGACUGUUAUCUACCCUCCCUAGACUGUAUUACCCUUUCCAACAAUUAUAUUCACAGUAGAGUUGUAUACUGGGGACAGAGAGCAAAGUGAACAAGACAGUGAACGACAGACGAGGGGAGAUGCUGAAAGAUGCAAUGAUGCAUGAGCCAAUCAGCAUGAGGAACGGAAGAGCAUGCUCAGUUAGCCAAUAGUACACAGAGCAUGCAUUGUAUUAUACAGUAUGCAGCAAUAGUAUGCUGUGUACAAUCACGUUUAGGUAAACAAUGCUACCAUGGUAGCAUCGUACCAUGGUAUAAACAUAAACCAUGUACCAUGGUUUAGCAUAAACCAUGUAGCAUGGUUUAUGCUACCAUGGU